ACCGACACACGCUCUUCACCUUCACUCAAGCAUUUGAGAACAUAAAAGCCAGCGUGCCUACGUACUCUUGAGUCAUUUUCUUCGAGGACUGAGAGAAGUUAAGAUGUGGUCACUUCUACUGUGCUUCUUGCUCGCCUCGCAGGGAGUCAUGAUGACUGAGGAUGAAACGGAGGACCCGCUAGAGGACUGGGUGGAUUUUUCUGCUCUCAGCACACCAUUUAGGUGUCCUUCAGGAACUGUUAAUGUGAACGGCAAAUGCAUGAAACCUCUCCAACUAUUAGAGAAUGACCUUGCAAUCCCACCGCGCUGCGAUGAAAAUCCACUGAAGAGCCUAACAAACUGGUACACCUGCCUAAUAUCGUGUAAGACUCCCGCGAGAGCCCAGGAGUGCCACAUCAGGACGUAGCAAGGACUCAACUAACGUUGAGGUAGAA